CUGUUAACGAUUCGGUACCGGCAAGUUUGACAGGGAUAUAGCAAGAUAAUACUAAUAGACAAGUAACAUUUGCUUUGACUAAAGGGAUGGUGUGGUUAGAUGUUGUUACAACUUAUUGACUGAAUUGAACUUAUGCUUAAGAAUUAAAAAUGUUCGCCGAUUCACCUUUAGAACAGUUAGGGGAUUCACUCGGCUUUGCGGACGUGAGCACAGGCACGGUUGCUUUGGUAACUACGACGCUGCUUUUGAGUGCUGCAUUGGCAUAUCGAAAACUUACAGAACCAAAGGUAGUCAAAAUGUUUUUGUUUUCAUUGAUUCUUUAAUAACUACACGAUUUUUAUAUUAAAAGACCAAUAAUACUGAAAACGCCGUUAGACGCCAUGAUGGUCACAUCCCUCUACCCGAGGCCGGGGUGACUAACCCGCUUUACCUCUCCUGCCCCGGUGCCCCCCCCCCCCGCCCACUUCCAUGCCAUAGCAUUAUAAUUUCUAAAUAUAUGAAAUAUUUAGUAUAGUGCAGUAUAGUGCCAUUGUGUACUCGAGAAACUGCAUUGCUAAUUAUGUCAAAUUUUGAUUUAAAUAUAACUAGUUGCAAUCCACCCCUGUGGCACUACAGCCCCUGGCCUGAAGUAUGAAGGUACUUUGACAGAAAUUUUUAAUUUUGUUCUUUUGAAUUGCCAUAAAUGAUAAAUCACUUUAAAGAGUUAAAGAGCUAGCUAUAAGUAUAAGUAUAAGCUUUAUAUAAUAAACAUCAAUUUCACCUUUCUAUCUUUUAUAGAAGUGGAGUUAUGAUUUUUUUGUGAUUUUUUUAACCCCCCCCCCCCUUGUUUAUCUUUGUAUUUAACUGCAAAAACAUGUGACUGACUUUUCAAAUAUCUGCCUUUUUUUUUGCCAAAAACUUUUUUAUUUUAAACAAUAAUGCUUCCAGAUUUUCAGGAAACAUUCUCAGUGCUAUUUACAACACAAUAAACAACAAAACUUUUACAUAACAUCAAAUACGUUUUAUUUUUGAUAAUUUUAUUUGAGGAUAUGAUACGAAAAACAUGAACAGAAAAAUAUAAAACAUUAUUAUUUGUAAAGGAAAAAACAAAAAAAUAAAAUGUUUAUUGUAUUUGAAUUAUAAAAGGUAAGUAGAUGUCUUUUUUUACAAUAAAGUUGAAUGCAUAACAUUAUAAAAUAUAAACUACUUGUAUCACCAAAAAGACUAAUACGAGCAUACCAGCGAUGGGGUAUGUGAUUCAAAUUUAAAAGGUAAUGACAAUGGGGAUGUUCUGCCUAUCAUUUUGUAUUUAAACUGCUCUUCAAACUGCUUAGUCGUGUUGAUAAAUCCACAAUCUCUAUUUUAUAUACUGUGUCCAAACGUGCCUCCUUGUUGAUGGAAGGAGUUCUUUGAGAGAAAAUUAAAAUGUUCUCUUGUGUCUGAAUGAAACCUAGAAAUAACAUCUAAUCAUAUCUUGAAUCUACACAAUUUCUUAUUGCUUUUAAAAAUAUUAUUCAAGUUUUUUGUUUAAUAAAAUUAAUUUCUUUUACUGUAUUUUUUUAUAAUUAUUAAAUACUUGUCCAAGUCCAUGAUGUAGGCUAGGCCUAAUUUUAGUAAUAAUAUUCUCUUAGACUUGUACGACUUAUAAUAUGAGUAAUGUCACUAAUGACAGAAACACAAUUAUUAUUAUUGCUACUAUCAAACUAUUAUUGUGUCAAUAAAGAAGAACUGAUAAAAUGUGUAGGCAUACACUCACAAAAUUAUUAGUGUAAACUGAUUCUAUGACUGACUGUAUACCUUCACAUAUUAUUAUAUAAUUAUAUUAUUCAAGGGACAAAACUAGUCCAAAAUUCACCCAAAUACACAAAGUAAAAAUUAAUAAAAACUCUUUAUUUUAUUAGGUUGUAUUAAUUUCUAAUAAUAUUAUAAAACUGUUUCUUAUUCAUUAACCGAUUAGUGUUACAUAGAUUUUUUACAAUGAACAAUAAUAAAAAUAUUUUUUAUAUCUUUAUAUUAAAUUGAUAAGGAGAGCCAUUUCCGACAACCCAAGUUUUUUUGUUUUUUUUUGUGAAGGAGGAUAACUUGUAACAACUGACAAUUUCAUCGAAAUUUUAAAAUGCAUGACUUUAUUUUGAUAUUCCUACUUAGCCUACUAUUAACGAAAAAAUUUAUUUCUCUUUGUGAAUUUAUCAAGCAGUAUUACGAUAAACCACUAUGUAUUACGACUUUACAUUAAAAAUUAAUAAGCUAUUAAAGUACAUACCGAUACAAAGAAUAAAUGAUACAAAAGAAUAAAUUGUUGCCAGUCUCAAGAUUCACCAUAAUGCAAAUAUGAUAUCGCUUUCUUUGGAAAAAUAUGCGCUCUACGUCACUGAUGACAAUACAAUUUAUUAUUAGAAAACAACAAAGUCCUCCCCAAGCUGAAUGUAAAAUGACCACAAAGGUUUUUGCGCCAUGUUUUGGCAUGCGCAGAUCGCGUGUCCGUGAGAGUUUUAAAGUCCCUACUAUGCUACAACUGAUCUGAUUACAGUUUUAUAAAUAGUUUUCUUUGUUUUUCUUGUAACAUUUUUACUUUUGAGUAUUUUCUUACUACUGAAGUAUGCCCUGUUUCCAGCCGUUAUUCUUUUUUUUUAUUUCUGUUAGUUAUUUGUUUCUUUCAUUUAGUAAAGAUCCUAGUUAUUUGAAUUGAUUUACUUUGUUAAAAAUGUGGUUUCUAAUUUUAAUGGUUUCAUCUGUCUGUUUUUCUCUAAUCAUAGUCACAUAUUUUGUUUUUUGGUUGUUAACUUCCAGCCCUGCUUGUAGUUAUGCGUCAUCUCAUUCAAUAAAGGCUAUUGAUAUGUCCUUAUUACUUUUCCCUAACAGUGCUAUAUCAUCAGCAUAUGCAAGAUACUGAAGGGGUUGAUUGCAGAGAGUGACUAUUGGUUGUGGGUUUUGGGUCUCCCUCAGAAAGUAUUCGUCUAUCGUAGGUGUCAAUAUGUAUGUUUCUUAUAACUCUCUAAUGUUAGGUUAAAUAGCACCCAAAUACAAGACAGUGAGUCUUCUAGGCUUAGGCCUCAUCUAAUCUGAAAUUCCCUUAAAUAUUCUCCCUGAACCUUGAUUUUUCUUUUUGAGUUGUUUGAUGUUACUUCUAUGUAUCAGUCUUGUCACUUUGUUUGUAGCAUGUAGAGAAUUGUUCUCUCUGAAACAUUUUGAUAUACCAGGAUGUUUGCAUCCCAUUGACCAAAAUUCACGAACAAAUGGAUGAGAGUUCAUCCCCAUUAUUGUUUUGUUGUUACUGUUAGAAAUUUGUAGGUCUCAUAAUUAUUAAAGUUUCCAGUCUCUAAAAAUAGAUCUCUUGCAUAUUGGAGUGUUGAUUUAAUUCUGUAGGAUGCAUACACAUUUAUUGAGAGUACAAACUUGUGAAUAUUAUUUGUUUCCAGCAAAGUAAAAAAAUCAGUUAAGGUCAUUUGGCUUACUAGUAAUGAUACAAGCGGCAAAUUUAUACCUACAUUUUUCAAAGGUAAAAAUCUGAAAUAGCUCUCAAUUUUAGUUCUAAGAUCAGCAGCUUUCCUAUUAGAAUCUACAUUAUUUAUAGUAGGAACAGUAUUAGCUCUUCUACAAGGCACUUUAACUGGGAGCGGGGCUGGUUGUUUAUCAGCUUAUGAAUUAUCAUUUCAUUAUUUCGUCUCUAAUACUACUAAUACUACUACUAGGAUUAAAAUUUUUACGAUUCAUCAUGAUCAGCAUCUGCAUUCGAAAUCAUAAAGUCACUGCUAGAAUCGUCAUCAGAGUAAUAUUUUCAACCUUUAUUAGUUUGAUCGUAAAUGGGUCAGGUCAAGAUUUCAUGCUUGUAAAAAAAAAAAAAUUGAUAAAUCAAAACAACUGCUUCAAACACUUUGUAUUUCGUCGAAUGAAAGAAAAUCCUAAUGUUUAUCCAAGGGAAAUCAUUCUAGAUGUUAUUCAAAGUACUUUAAAACCAAUAGCUUAGAAAAGAACCGAAACAGGUUUUUAUGCAUGGACAAUGGGUUCGUAAAGCCGUCAGAAAACCUAAUUUAAAAUCGACAAUUGGAGUGUUUAUCUGGAGAGAAAGAGUUAAAGGGUCCAGUCCUCCAUGUGGUGGUUGAUAAUCUGCACCUUGUCUUAUUGCCUUUAUUUAGUAUGCCCUUAAAAUAUUCAGCCCACCUCUACAGUACUUCACUAUUUUCCGUAAUUAAUUUUCCAUCCUGGCUCUCACACAUUUGAGGCUGGCUUGGUAUUCAACCAUCCAAGCCUUCAAAACUCCACUCAAGACACAACUCUUCAAACUCUACUAUUCCAACUCAUUCUCACCUCUAUCUGACCGAUAAACAAUGCUCGAUGCUGCUGGGUGCUGUCCAUGGCUAGACAGGGGUAAUUAGUACUUGGGUGGGUGAGGUCAAUAUUUUUAAAAAGCUGUUUUUAAUGUCAUUUUCCUUUUUUUUUCUUUCUCCAUGCUAAUUUUUAUGUGAAGUGCCCUAGGCUGGUGUACCCCGCUAUAUAAGACCACUGUAAUAAUAAUAAUAAUAAUCCAUUCUUUUCAUCUUUUAUCUUCAUAUACAUUCCUCUGAUGUUUCCCUCUCUUGAUGAGUCUUCUUUUUCUUUUAGUUUAGCUUUUACUCAUUCUCUCUUUUUCUUCCUAAACGUUUUUGUGGCUUCCUUCUGGCUUCCGUGUAUGUUUCAUAUCCAGGCAUAGGUUGAUUUCCAUUAGAAUCAGUCUGGGUUUUACUCUGUAAAAUCAGUAUUUCUGCACGAGACAACUAGUUACUUGUAUGCCUUAAAUAUAACUAUAGACGAGAGACUAAUAUAAGAUCUCCCACAGGGCAGUGACAGCCUUAUCAAUUUGUAUAGGAUAAUGAUGGAUGAAGAAUUCAAACAACUAAAACAAAAAUACCAGUUGUAUGGACCCAACCAUAGUCGGACCCCAACCAUAGUCUUGGCAGUUAUAAAAAUCAGACUGUGCUGGACAUGCAAGAGCAAAAGGGGUUAAGACAAAAACCAAGGGAGUCAUCAGUCAACCAAGCCUGAUAAAUGAGAUGGAUUGAUGAUGUAAAGACUAAUUGGGGGUCUGGGCAUGAAGACAAAAUCCUUGAAAGAAUGUGGUGGAGUAGGCCAGAGCCCUCCAUGGUAGAGACUGAUUGAAUUUCAGUGCCAAAGGUUGCCAUUUGAUCAUUUUGGCAUAUUUUUGGUUUUUGCCUGAAACAGAUAAGUUAACUUUCUAUUUAUUUUUGGUUUCAGCUGAAACAGAAAAGUGAAGUUUCGGUUUAUUUUCGGUUUCAGCCAAUAGAGAUUGAGACUUUUGGCCAUCUGGCUGAAAGUGAUUGAGGCCUUCGGUCCUCUACCAGAUGUCAGACUGUCACCCUGUCUGUGGGCCGGCAAUCCAAUAUUCAUUAUUGCUUAAGGUCUCGCUGUCAUCUUAUAAUUUAUAACAAAUCCUCUGCAAACACUGUUCACAGCUGCAUGCAUGAUAACUUACUUGUCCAUUAUUUCCACACAAAAAUUUCAAUAAGGCAAAAGGAAAGGUAAAUAGUUUUGUGGAAAAAAAACUACUAGGGGAAUGGUAAUAUUAAUAUUAUUAUUUUAAAAAAAAUAUUUUUUUAACUUGGGAACCCUAGGUUUAUUCAAAUCAUUCAUUUGUGACAAACAUUUUGAUUUAUCAUUAUCUUUUCAUAGUCAAAGGUAAAUAGUAUUGUGGAACCCUAAUGGUAAAAUUCUCAUUAUUAUUUGUUUAAUUAUUCUGUUAUUCUUUUUAAUUUGGGAUCCCUAAGCUUAUUCAAUUAAUUAUUUAUUUGACAUUCAUCUUCAUCAUGCUCAUAAAUGGCUUAUGUAAUAUAAACCUACUAUAACAAAUAUUUUAUACUGGGGGCCUAGUUACACUAGGUGGAAGCACGCUUAAAUUAAAUUUGGUAUUGAAAUGAUUUCUGUAUUCUAAAAUUACAUUUAAAAAAAAAAAAGAUUAUAUUUAUUCAGAUAUUUGGAUGAUGAACAGGGAGGUUUAGAUCCCAAUAAGUUUGGUUGGCUAAACAAAAAGUAGUUAAGACGUUUAUUGCUUACCGAUGGUCAAAGUGAGUCACUUAGUUACACUGCAAAAAAAGCAAAGGGUGAGAGAGGUUCACUUCCUUGGGUAAUAAAAAUUGCCAAAAAAAUUGUUCAGUCCUUUUUCGCAGUACGCAGAACAUGUGAGAAAACAAGUUUUGAAAUAUUUAAAUGUUUCGGUUUCGGCCGAAAGCCUUGUUAAAGUUUUGGUUUCUAACGAAAAUCAUUUUUAACUUUCGGUCUGAAUAAAAAAAAUCUCUUUCCGUUGGUCUCUACUCCAUGGGCUGUGACUGUGGCGCCAUUGAUGAUGAUGACUUGGCUUACAUUUUAAAGAUUAUAUAUUCAUGUAUGGAUAAAAUUGACAUGCUAGAAGUAAUAAAUAGCUUUAGCAUAGAUAGGGUUUAAGUGAAUAUUUUUAAAAAGCUUGAUACAUAUUAGGAACUAUGAAGAAAAGGCAAACAAAAUUAAUAAUGAACUUAUCUUAUGCUGUGUGAAGUCCGAGAGAAUGUUAUUAUGAAGUAAGAUUGUGUACAGAAGUAAAUACUAAAAAAAAAAAAAAAAGAUAGAAAGUACACAAUGAAUCAAUAUAAACAAGAACUGGUGCAGAGAAAAAGUUGUUAUAGAACACCGUACAUUCAUUCCUUCUGAUGUUAGCGGCCUGAACGUGUAUCAAGCUACUCUCCAACCUCACCCUGGCUGGCCUGUUGGUGGCGCAAAGGCCAUUAUGGACACAUCUGUUGCACUUUUGUAAUCAAUUUUAUUGAAAAGAGUCAAGACAGGAUGUUUGUCUUUAUCAUUGUGAUGGUGUAAGCUAAAUCUGUCUGAAAGUAGCCAUACAGCUCGACCAAUGUGAAACAUUUGACAGCAAUGACAAAUAAUGGUGUAAAGGACAUUGCAACUAAUACAUGAUUAACCAUCAUGCAUCUGAAAUCUAACCUUGGGAAGGUUUAUCUGUUGGGUCUAAAUGGCAUAAAGGCAAGUCUUACAGUGACCACGUCAACAAUUCUUCAAUUCUUAAUCCCAAAUUUUUAGGGGGUGGUUCAUAGGUGGCUACAAACAAGAUGAUUACAUAAAUUUAUCUUGUCUAAACUCAAUGAAAGGGAUGAAAAAAUGCUGUGUGCAUCAGGCUCAGCCAGGAUAGUGGUGCAAUUUUUUUUUUUAAUCUUGUUUACUGAGAUUAUGGAAAUUAUUGAUUAGAUUAAGUUUCUGUGUGCUCAUUGUCACUCACACAGGACUUAAAGGUAUCAACAUGUUUGAUAUUUUUUAUCAGUUGAAGGGCGGAUGAAAGGACUGACCAUGUAGGCCUCCUAGAAAUAACUUUAAAAUUAAAGAUUUAUUCAGAGUCAUCUUCAUUCAAUCAUAGGAUGAUAGGCAUCAAUAUCAGUCAAUUCUACAUCAGUCUGUGAUAGGUUCAAGGUUCUUGGUUGAUAAUAAACUUCUCAGGAGCUUUGAAAACAAGGCUAAACUUCUAGCUCUCUAUUAGAAAUGGAAUAAAAAAGAAAUGUAAAAACAUUCGGAUUACUUCAUAAAGAAUUACAUUCUUGUGAGACUAGAAGUCAAAUUUAUUUAUGUUAAGCUUAUCAAAAACUUUAAUUAUAUAUACAACCAAAGGUGAAAUUUAGUGCCAGAUCAGCCUUUGCACAUUUUGGGAAGCAUUGAACAGCAUGAAAAGCAGCAUUUUGUAAACCUGUGACUUAGUUUCUUAUAUAUAUUUUUAUUCGUAAUAAAAAUAGUUUUUCACCACCUAUAUAGUAUUCAUUAAUUUUCAUUUGCUUCGAGCAUAAAAAUAUAAAUUAAUAAAAGAAUGCUGAUUUUUUUUUAAUGCCAGGUUCAAGGUAUAACACCACCCUUUAUACCAUCAACGAUUCCAUUUCUGGGACAAGCAGUGAGCUUUGGUUCAAGUCCUAUUGAAUUUCUUUUGGCAGCUUAUGAAAAAGUAAGUUAUUUUCCUUUGAAUUUGGAUAUUUAGUUCUCUAGAAUUUCUGUAAAUUUUAUUAUAACAUCUAAAAGAGAUCCUUAAGGUGAGAAGUUCUGAAAAAUAGUCCUUAACUACCAUCUGGUUUAUUACAAGGCAGCUUGCAACAAAACAAUUGAAUAAUUUUGGUGAAUUAUAUACUUAAAGAGAAAAAAUGUAUUUAUUUAUUUGUGAUUAUAGCACAUGUACACAUGUAAAACGCUGUCUUGUUUUCUGGAUCUAUACCUAGUUAGAAUAUUACUGGAAGGCCUGUCUGUCAUUGGUAGUUAGAAUAUUACUGGAAGGCCUGUCUGUCAUUGGUAGUUAGAAUAUUACUGGAAGGCCUGUCUGUCAUUGGUAUGAAAUCAGCUAUUUUUAAACUAAUUUCUCAUUUCAUAGACCUGUAUUACUAGGGUACAAUACCAUUUCUAGUAUGGCACAGCAAUACAAAUUUAUUUGACAAAUUAUCUCAUUAUUUUUUUAAGAGAGCAACUCUUAGUUCCCUUUCAUUUUCUUAUGGCAGUGAGUUAUUUUCCAAUACUGGAUAGAGAUUUUUAAAGAAAGGAAGGGAAUCAUUGCCAGAUCUGUCAUUUUAAUAUAACCAUAUGCAUGCACAGACAAAAGAAGUGUAAGAAUAAAGACCUGAAAAUUUUCAAUUGUGAAUGCAAUCAGCAUAAAUAGUUAUAAUGCUGGCAAAAUAAGUUUGUGUAGGGGUGAAAUGAGAACUUUAAAUCAACAAUUUUUUAUUUUUUUUUUGCGUAACUAAUGAGAUUUAAGAAGUUAUACUGGGUGUAUGUGCAGUAUUGUAAUGGUAAUUAUGGGUUUAACAUAGAAAAAGUUCUGAAAAAUGCUUAGUUGAUGAUAAAUUUAUAAUAAGGAGCCAUCUUUAAACAUCACACAUCUAGGGGGAAGGGGGAUUAGCAAUUUGUGAUAAAGAAGAGUCCAAAAUGAGGAAAAAUAGUAUGAUAUCAUUUAUGAAUGGCACCUAAUUACAAAUGACAAUUGAAAAAUCAAUCUACAAUUUUUUUUCCCUUUUUCUAUAGUAUGGCCCAGUUUUCAGCUUUACAAUGGUGGGGAAAACCUUCACCUAUCUUGUUGGAUCUGAAUCUUCUGCUCUUAUGUUCAAUAGUAAAAAUGAAAAUUUAAAUGCAGAGGACGUUUACAGUCGUCUAGUCACACCAGUAUUUGGUAAAGGAGUUGCCUAUGAUGUUCCAAACUCAGUAAGUUUAUAUAUAUACACAUCUGUUUGUAUAUCUGAUUUUUUUUUUUUUUUUUUUUUUUUUUUUUUUUGUUUUUUUUUUUUUUUUUUUUUUUUUUUUUUUUUUUUUUUUUUUUUUUUUUUUUUAAUUAUAUAAACAAUUGGCAAGUAACAAUCUUGUUUUAGCUCUCUUAAAUUAUUUACAUUGGGAUUUUUUCUUCAUGUUGUCGUUUAGAUUUUAUAUUAGCAGCCUUUCAAUAAACAAAUUCUGCAUAAAUCAAAACUUUCUCUUUUAUUUUUUUAUUAUUAAAAAAAAUAUAUUAUUUUUUUUUUUUUUUUUUUUUUUUUUUUUUUUUUUUUUUUUUUUUUUUUUUUUUUUUUUUUAAUAAUAUAAACAAUUGGCAAGGAACAAUCUUGUUUUAGCUCUCUUAAAUUAUUUACAUUGGGAUUUUUUCUUCAUGUUGUCGUUUAGAUUUUAUAUGAGCAGCCUUUCAAUAAACAAAUUCUGCAUAAAUCAAAACUUUCUCUUUUAUUUUUUUAUUAUUAAAAAAAAUAUAUUUGAAGCGACCGAAUAAGACAUUUAAAGACAAGCACUAAUAAUAAUUACUUGUAAUAAUUACUGACAUGAAAUAAUUAAUCAUUGUCAUUUUUAACUCUCUGCAGGCUGAUGUUUUUUUUUUUGUUCUUCUCUUUUUUUUUUUUUUUUUUUUCUGUGUUUUUUUUUUUUUUUUUUUUUUUUUUUUUUUUUUUUUUUUUUUUUUUAAAGGUCAUCUCACAUAAUGAGAUACCAUAAAAAGAGUAGCUAAUUAAUACCCAUCAUGUUUAAUAUUUAAUUGUUCACAAAUGAAUAGGGAUUCAAAUUCUAUAAAAUGUGCUUGAAAAUUAUUGUUUUCUUUCAAUCAUGAUUGACUUGUUAAAAUUAUUUUAAAUUUUAACAUUUUUUUCACACAAACAGCAUAGUGUAAGAAGAAGAAAAAAAACUAUGGUAGACGUAGUUUUUUAUUUAUUGGAAUUUAAUUCUGCAAUAUGAUAUAAAAAAUUUUAAAAAAGAAUUUUACAAAUACAACCAUUAGUUUUCUUUUAAUAUUUUUUUUGUUUAGGAAACAGGCAUAGAGUUUUUGCAUUUAAAUUUAGACAAGUGAACUUAGCAUGCAGAAUUAUUCAAAUGCAAAGUUUAAAACCUUUUUUUAAUAUUUAAAAUUCAUAUUUAAUACAAAUACAUUUAAUACAUUAUAACAACUAAUUUGUGUAAUUUAAUUUUUGUAUUUAUUGAAAUUUUAAUAAAAAAAUUAAUAAAUAGAAAAUACAAAUACAAACACAGUCUAAGAGUCUUCUGGGCUAAGGGGAUUUUCUAACUAACAAUUAUGUCACUUAUUUAGACAGAAAUGUUUAAUCACAUUUCAAACAUUUAAUUACCAUUACAGUCUGGCGCUCUUUCUUUUCGAAGUAACACCGCCUAUGUAAACAAAAACAAAUGUUGAGUUCUGUAAUGUUAUUUUCUUCCAGUUAGUUAGAGGUACUGUUUUUCUUCUCUCAUGUGGUUGGCAUAAGCAUUGGUGUAGUCUCAAAUUUUCAACAUGAUCUCCUCAGAGUGUUUGAAGAAAUCUCAUGUGGAUGAAAAAUAGUUUAUUUGUAAAUUGCAUGUUAACGUGACAAAUUAGUAGAAUUUAUUGAUCUAACAAAGACAUAACAAUAGUAUAAGAAUAAUAACAUUUAUAAUAACAUAAAUUAUUAUAUAAUGUUAAGAUAAGAAAAGUGACAUAUUUUUUGCCCAAACAAUUAUCAAGCAUAAAACCUUAAAUAUUUGACCUAUAGCUAUAGCCUAAAUAUCAUUCAUUAGUACUGCAAUUAUGAUAUCAAAUAUUCCUUACCUGCAGUUUUUAUUUUUUGCAUAUCAUUUCAUAUGCCUGCCUUUCAGAAUCCAGAGUAUUAAGACCAUGUUUUCUUUUAGGGAUAAAUUUAGAUAUUUUCUGCUUAGCGGGACGCUGGUUCACAUCUUCAUAUGUUUUGUUCUGAGUCCAAGACAAUUGGCAAUGUAUUAUCUGCACUGAUUUAGAAACAAGUAGAUUAGUAGAUUAUCUACACAGUAGAUUAUUUUAAAUAUAAGGCUAUAUGAAAUAAACUACCAAGUAACAUAUUUUAUGAUGAAUAAAUUAAUAACUGCCAUUAUUUACUUGUUAGAGUUAGGCAAAAGACAAAAACACAACAAAAACAAUGAAAACUAAAUCAGCUGUUUGAUCAGCUGAUUAUUUAAACAAAAACUUUUUUUUCUUAAUUUGUAAAGCCAAAACAUGAUUGGAAAAUAAAAUUAUCAUAACAUUGUUAGACUAAAAUUAAGAACCUAUUAUUAAACUGUACAAUAUAUUUGGUUGUUCAGACUUUUUAGAAAUGUUAAUUUUAUUGGCCUAAUCGAGUGGAUAGCUAGACUUUGUUUGAAACCGUACUUGUGUAGGUAAAAAAAACAUCCACGUGUUCAUCUGAUGUUUUUUUUUUCAUAUUGAUCUGUAUCCCAAUUAUCAAAAGAGUCACUUAGGGAUUCAUGUCAGUCAAUUUAAAUGUUUUCUAGACUCAUUUUGUUUUUUAUAAUAAUUUUUUAUUGAAGCAGCUCACUCAGUUCAAGUCGCGACAAGAAAAUAAAAUAUAUGACGUAAAAUGUGUCUCAGUCGGGAUAAUUUAAAAACAAAUUUUGUUUUAUAAAAAUUGAUAAUUAUAAUUCAAACUUUCAUUUUUAUAAAUUAAAUCCUUUUUAUAACAAUAUAAAUUUUAAUUCUUAACUAAAUAUUUUUAAAAAGUUAACUCCAUCCUUUUUCCACCUGGCGAAAUUGCCGGAGUUCUCUAUCCUUGGCCCCGCACAUUGUUAAGCAGAUUAUUUUGCAAGAUUUGCUAUCAUUUCAGAUUUUUAUGGAGCAAAAGAAAAUGUUUAAGACUGGUUUAAACAUAGUUAGAUUUCGUGAACAUGUUCAUAUCAUUGAAGAGGAGACAAAAGAUUAUUUCAAAAGAUGGGGAGCCAGUGGCCAAAAUGGUAAAACACACUAAUUAUUUCAAUUUUGUUAAAAUAUUUGCUUUAUACAUAAAAAUAGUGUAAUAUGCUGGGUAAAAUAUCAUAUGACACCCAAUUUCUCACACUGGGCGCACUUAAUCUGAACGAUAAAGUUUUACGUUUGUUUGCAAAAAUCUAAUUGAAAAAAGAUUAUUUAAGUCUCAAAAAUUACUCACUCAUUUAUGUUCAGUAUUUACAUUAAAAUCUUUUAUAUUCUAACAGAUCUCUUUCAAGCUCUCUCUGAGCUUAUUAUAUUAACUGCCAGUCAUUGUUUGCAUGGUAAGUAUUGCAUUUUUUUAAAGUUGAGUUUCACCAAUAUUCUUCUGAAAAGCUGUAUUCUGAUUAAUUGGCUAUUUUUUCUAAAUAUAGUUUUGUCCUUUUUUAAGGCUUACAUUUUUAAUAAUGGUGCAUUAAAGAUAUUUAGUAUGGCAUUCAAAGGAUCAAGAUUUUUAUUUUAUUAUUUUGGAUGUUAAACACUGACAGUUGAAAGCAGAUUUACAAUGAGUGUAAAAUGGGCCAUUUCCUAUGUUUGUGACUAGGAUAAAAUAUUAGUAAUGCAUUACAAACAUAGCCAUUAGAAUAGUAGGGAAGGGUAUGUUUUCCUCUAAGACUAUUCUAGAUGAGACAUCUUGAGUUUGUUUUAUUUAUUUUGAACUUCAUUGCGUACUUUGUUAUGUAGAUUCAUCCUUUCUCAAUGAGGCUCUAGUCUGGAAUAAAUAUUGAUACCUCAGCCUUGUCCACAUAAAAAUGUAUUUCUAAAUCUAUAUUUAUUGAGGUCGUGAAAUCCGUACACGUCUGGAUGAACAUGUUGCUCAGUUGUAUGCAGAUUUGGAUGGUGGUUUCACUCACUUAGCUUGGUUAUUACCUGGUUGGUUACCAUUUCCAAGCUUUAGGUUAGUACUUUAACACUAUGAAAGUUUCUGUUUUUUGUUUCUGUUACCCUGUUUAAGAAUAUAAGAAAAUACAUUUUUGUUCAUCUUGAAACAUGUAAAAUAACAACAGAUUUUUUUAAUGCAGAAAAAGGGACAGAGCCCAAAGAGAGAUGAAAAAAAUAUUUCAUGAAGUGAUAAGUAAAAGAAGGGCUGAUCCAAAUCCUGAUGAUGAUAUGCUGCAGACACUAAUUGAUUCAAAAUAUAAGUAUGUACUGAAUAAGAGUUAUUGAAAUCAAGAUAUAUUUAAUUAAUUUUGUUUUGUAACCUCCUGAUUGGCAAACAUUUCAACUUAUCAGAAUUUUAAUUUGAGAGAGAAAAUUGGCAUACCAUUAGGCCAUUACACUACUGUUAUUUGUUACUUUUUUUCGAUAGAUCAAGUAUAAAAAAUUAUUUGACAAUCUUUUAUAUAUUACAGUUAAAUGGCUAACAUAUAUUGUGUAAAAAUGGCAACUAUUUAAAAAAAAUACAAAUAUUAAAGAUAUUCUUUAUACAAUAAAUCAGGACUGGAAGGCCACUAACAGAUGAUGAAAUCUCUGGUAUGCUAAUUGGGCUUUUGUUAGCUGGACAGCAUACAUCAUCCACCACAAGCUCAUGGCUCGGCUUCUUUUUGGCUAAAGAUAAGGAACUUCAGGUAUGUAAAUCAAUAUUUUUGUUGCAAGCAAUUUAAAAUAUAUUUAUUAUCUUUUUUCCUCACCAAUGAUUUAUUUCUCAUUUUCACUUUCCCUUGUACUUGUACUAACAAAGUAACUAAUUUUUCAUAUCAGGAGAUCUUGAAACUCAGAAUUUCUGGCCAAAACUUACAAUACAUGGUUUAAUUUCACUCAUGGAUUCUAUGAUGUCCAGAAGUCAGACAAUUUGAUAUUCUGUUGAUUUUUUCUAAAGUUUAGUAUAGCAAUACUUUUCCUUCAUAUUCAUAAAAGAAUUUAUUAAUUCAUUUUUUUUUUCCUUCAUAUUAUUCACUUAUGAAUGCUGAAAAUGUAAUUCUUAAUUUAUAAUUUACUAGCCAAUAUACCCGGCGUUGCACAGGAUUGCAUUAGUACCCCAUCCUUGUGUGACCCCGAUCCCAUUGGAACCCGAAUCCCAUUCUGACACCGAUCCUGGCGCAGUCCCGUUUUAUCCCGAUCCCAGUGGAUCCAUUCAAGAUUGGGAUUUCGAUCCAGGUGGGAUCCUGAUCCCUUUGGGAUAAAGAUUAUGAUGGGAUCCCGACCCCUUUAGGGUUCCGUAUAAAAAAAAUUAAUCAGUAUUACUGAGAGAACAGUAAACUCUGGGAAAUAAUGGAAAUGAAAAGAACUGACUAAAAUUUCAUUAUCCCUUAGAUCCCACUGUAUAUCCCCGUGGAACAAUUUAGAACUUUCUGGAACAUUCUAGAUUAAAUUUAAUAACCUGCUCGAAACGUGUAAAACUACUUUUCUAAUUAUUUUUGGAAAAUUCUAGAUUGCAUAUUAUUAGUUUUAAAUCCACCGAUAUUUCAAUACGGACUAAGAAGCCUAAUGAACAAAGCUAGGCUUAGAUCCAUAAAUUCACAUAGAACCUGUACCGUUGUCUAACCCUUUUGAUAUUCAUAUACUUAUAGAAGGAAAAAUGAACUGGGGGCCCCAGAGAAAUGGAUAUUAUGAGUUCAGUACCCUUCGGUAUUUGAAUAUGGAUGAUCAUGUGUAUGUGUAAUAAGUUUGGUCAAGAUCCAUCCAUUCAUGUAGGAGUAUUAAGCCUAUUGAUAUUUAUAUAGCUUAUAUAAGGAAAAAUGAAAUUGGGCCCCCAGCCCCAAAAGAAUGGAUAUUAUUAGUUAAGUGCCCUUUGGUAUUUGAAUAUGGAUAAUAAAGUAUAUGUGUACUAAGUUUGGUCAAGAUCCAUCUACUCAUGUAGGAGUAUUUGUUGUUAAUUUUAUUUUUUUAUCUAUUUAUUUUUGUAGCUCAUAUAAGGAAAAAAACAAAUUCGGGGUCCCAGGCACCAUACGGAAUGUAAUGAAAAGUUCAUAACCCCUUAAGAGUUCCUUCCGGAUAAUGAUGGAUAUAUGUGCCAAGUUUGGUCAAGAUCCAUCAAUCCAUGUAAAAGCCUUUGUGGAACAAACAAAGCCACAAACCCACAAAAAUGUUUUUAUAAUAUCCAUUUAUUACAUUGCAUAGGACAGAGUCUAUGAAGAGCAGAAACAAGUUUGUGGAGAAGGUUUUGCUCCUCUGGACUAUGACCAGUUGAAGGAAAUGUCACUGCUUGACCGUUGUCUUAAAGAAACCCUAAGACUUAGACCACCAAUUAUGACGAUGAUGCGCAUGUGCAGGACUUCCCAGGUAAUUUUUCUUUUUUUUGCAGAGAGAAAUGCCCAUUUAGUUUGUUUAACACUUCAAAUCAUCAAAUCAAUUAAUUUGUGAAUUUUAUUGGUGAGAAAUAGUUUAUUUUAAUUUUAUUGUUGAUGCUGAAGUUGAUAAAUAAAAUUCAGAAUACUAGACAUUCAAAUUUUGACAUUUUUCUCAAAGAAUGUGCUUGGCUACACAAUUCCACCUGGUCACCAAGUGUGUGUGUCUCCCACUACUAAUCAUCGUCUUCCUGACACUUGGAAGGACUUUGACAAAUUUAUUCCUGAUCGGUAAUGUUUAAAAUAGCGCAAUAAAUAUUUUCAAUUCAAAUAAUGUUAACCUCAUAACUAUGGAAAAUAAUGGAUAGUCUAAUGUUAUCACAUUUACCUAAUAAAUAGAUAUGCUGUAUUGAUUUUAAUAUUAGAAUUACUUAUGGGCAGUACUUGUUAUGUACAAUAUGUACCGGGUACAGUGAAUUAAAUGUUGUUUUGUAAUACAUAUGAUUAGAUUGAAUUGUAAAGAAGGAUCUUAAUAAAUUUCAGAUUUAUUGAUCCGGAGGUGGCCAACAGUGAGAAAUUUGCAUAUAUACCAUUUGGAGCCGGGCGUCAUCGAUGUAUUGGUGAAUCCUUUGCCUAUGUGCAAAUUAAAACUAUCUUCUCAAUCUUGAUACGAAAGUAUGAACUUGAUUUGGUAGAUGGUUACUUUCCAGAAGUUAAUGUGUCCACCAUGAUCCACACACCAACAAAUCCUGUAAUCAAAUAUCGACUGAGGCAUCCAGAUAUCAAAAUUUGAAUUUACAAAGUAAUGCCUAUAAAGUAUAAAAAAAAGUAUUGUCAUAGCCAUAUGCAUUAAAAAUCGACUUUUUUUCUUCACAAAACAAACAAGUAAUAUUUAGGCUUUAAACUUUAAGCAUUUUAAUUUUAUGAAAAAUAUUCUAAGUAACAUUUAUUUAUAGGGAUAUAUUGAAUUUAAAUGAAAACAACUCUGCAAAUAAUUUUAUAAUUAGUUGAUUUUAAAAGUUAAUAUUGAAUUAUCGGUAAUUAUAAAAUAUGAUACUUUUUUCAACGUCUUCCAUUGGUCAAUACAAUUGUAAAUGUAUUUGAAAAAGUGAAUAUAAUAAACUGUAAUUCCUGGCAAGGGUUAGGGUUAGGUGUAACUAAUUACAUGUUAAGAUUUUCUUUUGAAUGUACCUGAUACCAAUUUUAAUUUGUGUUCAGAUUCUUUUUUUUUUUUCAUUUUGUUUUGUCAGUUCUUAUUUUAAGGGUGUUGAGGUUAGGAGGGGCGUUGAGUGGUUAUAAUUUUAGAUAUGGGGAGGGGGCCUGACAAAUGCAUUUGUACUCAAGGAUCAUGACAGUCUAUCUUUAACACUCGAACUGUGGCUUGCAUCAUUCUAUGGUGUGGAGCUUUUCAGAACUGUUUGAAUGCCUUUUGAAAUUGCAUUAAAUGACAUAGAAAUAUUGAUGCAAGACCCCUAUAAGUACAAGUAUAUAUUUUUAGAAAGGUAAAUGGAUGGGGAUAAAGUUGGCCAUAUUGCCCACCCCAUAAAAAUUUUUUUUUGCUCAGUGUCCUUGACCUUGAAGUUCUCAAGAAAAUAAAAAUCGACAAAAUGUCUCUUUCAAGCGUUCAUAACAUCAUUAAUUUUUAUAGAUACACUUAAACACAAAUCUAAAUGUUGUAGCCAAUUCAUUUAUCAAUCAGAAAAUGUAUAGUUUGCUAAGGUUUUGAUUGCAAUUACACAUUUGAAAGCAAUUUUAGGUCAUUUAUAUAAGAAACUGAGACAACUGCUAAAAUCUAAAUACAAAAUCUCAGGCAAAAUAGUUAUUAUUGACUAGUAACCAUUUAAAAAGGAACUGUGGAACUGAUUUGAGUUGUUAAACUAUCAAAUUUAUUAGUUCUCAUCUAUAAUCUGUAGCUUUUGUGACUAAAAUUCAGUCAGUCCUUGCCCAAUCUCCGUGCCGGCUCGAAGUCAAACAGCAGCCUCAGUAGGCCUACUUCAGUAUCACUAAGACUAGUAUCAGAUUCACGAAAAGAAGAAUCUGAAGUGAGAUGUCAUGGGGAAUGUUAAAAUCAUCAUCAGUAUCACUUAAAUCCUCUCAUAAAAAGCUUUCAAAAAUAUUUAUAGGCACCUAUUUCUAUUAGUUCUCGCACUAAAGGCCGGGCAAUAGCUUCCGCCAUUUUUGCUUUAAAAAAAUAUAAGCGAUAUAAAAUUCAGAUUAAAAAGUACUUUUGUUAAGUUAUCAAGAAACAGCUUCACCCGGAAGUUGAUUUAGUUAUUAAUAGAAGGAAAUGGCUACGAUUUCGGUUAAAUAUUGGAUUGGAAGUUGCUAUCGGACCGCGAUUUUUUCAGCCGCCACAGCACAGAACGAGAAUGUCGGCCGAUUUGUUACAUAGCUUGUUGGGAAAUUAUCUUGUGUUAUGAGUAAUUUUUCAUUGUUCCUACUUAUGUUAAAUAAUUACUUUUUAAAAAUAUUUCUUUUGUCAAUCUUUUUAUUUAUUAGCAAAUAUUUUUAGUGCGUUUUAAAAUUUAAUUGUAUAUAUUUUGAAAUGAUUUGUUUCAAUGACUGUAAAGGUUGACCUAAUUUAUCUGGAGAAAAUGAAAGUUGAAGUGAUUUGUGUUUAAAACAAAUUUUUAAAAAUUUUUGUUAUAGCUAAGUGACUUAUUAGCUUCAGUAACCUUUUUGGUAAGAAAAUAUUAUAGCUUUUACUUUUAGCAAUCUGAAAGAUCUAUACAUGCACCUAUAGCCUAAUUAAUUUGGUUUGCGGAUGUAGCUCUUUUGAAUGUUCCCAUGUGUUGGUGUCAGAAACUGCAUUAGGGAAUGGUUAACAUAAACUUUUUGAAGUAAGUAAUGCAUGCUUAUAAUGUGUUGACCAUCUCACCUUUAUUUGAAAUUGUCAUUUUUGUAUCAAAAUAAGUUGUGUAACAAAUUGUUUUAAUUUCAAACUUGAUUGCAGACAUGUCCAUUACAAUUAAGGUUUGUUUGUGCCAAGCUAACCCCAUGUCCUCCCUAUGUUAAUAUUGCUAAUAAUAAUUUUAAAGAAGUGAAUGACAGCACCAUGGUCCGUUGGUUUUUUUUGUAAGCACUUGGCAUAGGAGAUCCCUCUCUGUCAUCACCACCAAGUUAUAAAUAAUAAAGCUUAUUCUUGGUAUACAAAAUUCAAAGUUCAAUAAUCUAGAUAUGCACCUGCUUAAUUAAGCUGAAACUUCAUCUAUUGAUUUAAACUUAAUUUCCUUUUCCCUACACCAAAUUUACUUAACCACAAUGCCAGACAAACUAACUAUUGAAAUACUUUUUUUCUUUACAAUAAUCUUUUUUCUUAAAUCACUAUUACGCUGCCAAAUUUAACAUUUAACUCUUUCGCUGUGGAAUUUUUUUAUCGAAAAUAUGUACAUUUUUGUCAAAGAGCAAAAAAGAGUGAGAGGUAGGGUUUCUUAAAAAAUAUUUAAAAUAUAAUUGUUUGGUUUAUAAGACCAAACUUGGUAUCAAAUGAAAGAUAAUUGAAUGGACUUAAUGUUUGUAAACUUAUUUCUUCAGUUUAAAUAAAGUAAGGAACAGUCCGUUUAAAUAAAGUAAGUAACAGAAAAGAAGCAUAAAAUGUGAAAAUAUUAUAUGCACAACCAUUUUGUCCCCAAACCCUAUGAUGUAUUCAUACCUCAUCUUCACUUCUAUAACUCAAAUUUUCUAUAACUUCUGCUAUCGGAAUCAUGCGAUGGAUCUAAAUAUAAAUCAUCUUCACUAUGAAAAGAUAUAGUAUAAAACAAUUCGAAAGCUUUUUGAGCUGUUAAUCCUCUAGGAAACUUACUCACCUAAAAGGGCCUAGGGUAGCCAUAGCAACAGUAUUGAUAUAGAAAAAAACAGCAAAGAAAAUCAUUAAAUUAAUGCUUCAAAUUAAAUGACAACAAAUAAAUCUUGGUUUCGCUUUUAAACAAGUACCACUCUUCUAUGUAAAAGUCUUAUUUAAAAAGUCUAUAAAAGUUUAACAAGUAGCAAAGAAACAAACAUGAUAUAGAAACAACGCAAUGCAUGCUGGUCCGUGCUUUUUAGGACUGCGAAUGAAUGCAUUGCGCUGCAGCGAAAGAGUUAAUAUAGAUGUAGUUGAAAAAAGAUUUGUAAAAUGUGAUCAUAAUAAUUUUGUAUUUAUUAUGCAUUUAUAAUCUUGUGUGCCACUGAAUGGAAAUUUUGUUUUUGAAAUAAACUUUCAUGUAAAUC